GUAGCCCCCUCCCAGCAACGAGAUCCCUCCUGUAUCAAGUUGCUGUUAGCACCGGGGCGCGCCUACAGCCCCAAGCACCAAUGCCCAAGUAGCAGCGGAAAAACGAAAGAUCUGACGGUACAUCGCUCAUCACAGGGGAAACGAAAAAAUAUCUGACGCUACAUCGCUCCCAACUGACGGUCUACGGACAUUGGUGGAUACAUUACCCGUGCGUACAAGUGUGACGCAGAUAGUGUAGAACCUUUAAGGUAGGGGUACGGUGAUGAAGCACCGGGACCCCCUUGGUUGAGUGCAGCAGCCGUGCUGCUAUUCUCUCUCUCUCUCUCUCUCUCUCCUCCUCCUUUCCGAGCACGACAGCGUCCUGGGUACGGGCGUUGUCUCACCGUCUGAAGUUAAUGCACUACACAAACAAGUCCCGAUAAGUACGCGGAGUACGGCCGACAAACACUCUAGAGUUGAUUUGUCCCUCGAGGGAUAGCCGCAUCGGGUGAUGUCUGCGUCGGACAGCGGUUCCGUCCGAGGGCUGGGGGAAGAGACCUCAGCCACGCAACAGCAACACGCCGAGAAUCCGGCGAUUGCGAGGCUGGAGGGCCAGUUAUCGCAGCUGAUGAGCGUAGUGAUGGAGUUGAAGAGGAAGGAGCCUGGUGACGCCGUGGCGGGCGAUGCCAGUAGGGGCGGCGGUGCUGCCGUCCCAAGCCAGAGAGAGGCUCUGCCCCCCGGGGGCGGCGGGACAUUUCCGUGGGAAACGGCCCGUGAUGGGCGAAAUCACCCGCGGGAAAGCAGGUGGGACAACAUACCGGGAGCGAGUCCUGGGGUUCCAGCGAGAGUGCCGGCUGGCUGGACAAGUAGAUCGGGAGCGAAUCCUGAGGGGCCAGCCGGAAUGAGCCCGGGCGUAGGACCGGACCGCGGGGAAGCGAGCGGAUUAACCCCCCAAGGCUUGGACGGGCAGCUUAUCGGCAACGCCGAGAAGCACGCACCCGUCGGUGACCCAAACAGGCCUAGCUCGGAGCUGUAUAGCUUGGGCUACACAAGUGAUGAGGUUCAGAGGGGCCUCCAGGCGUUCCACUUUGUGACUACAGCCAUCGUCCGAGAAGCCGACAAGGCAAUCGGCUCGAAACAAGCCCUGAUGAAGAAGAUGUUCAAAUUCACGAUCCCCGCACACAGCAACAGCAACCCUGUCGAGCAUCUAUACACGCUCGAGCUGCUGUACUCACGACUGCGGGAAAAAGGGCUCAACGCUGACACACCCUUUGUUCUCGCACACUUUGUCGAUGCCCUUCCACCCGAGUACCAACAAGCCAAAUUCUUGUUGGAGACGGCUACAACUCUGGACCGGGGCGAGAUAAUCAGGGUCGUCAGUACCGUGCACGCGAGCCUCCCGGAGGGGAGGAGGGCCACGAAGGGCCAGCGGAAGGCGGAGCAUGCUUUCCUCGCGAACGACGGUAGCAACAGGGGCGGAGCGCCCGGCCGCAGCAGCGGCGACCGCAACAAGGGCGGCGGCGACGGCGGUGGCAGUCAAAAGGGGAAAGGGGGUGGUAGCAAGGGCGGUGGUGGUGGCAACAGCGGCGGAGGCGGCGGCGGCGGUGGCAGCCAAAAGGGGAAAGGGGGUGGUAGCAAGGGCGGUGGUGGUGGCAACAGCGGCGGAGGCGGCGGCGGCGGUGGCAGCCAAAAGGGGAAAGGGGGUGGUAGCAAGGGCGGUGGUGGUGGCAACAGCGGCGGAGGCGGCGGCGGCGGUGCAGGUAGCAUGCACGGUCGCUGCUUCCGGUGCGGAGAGAAGGGUCACCAGUCGGCCGCCUGUUCCAAGCCCGAGCCCCUGCGAUGCCAGAAAUGCCUGGGCUACGGACACGACAAGAGCAAGUGCUCGUCCGAGCAGGCGGUGCUCGCGGUGGAGCUGCCGGUCUUGGACGCCACCGCACUGGACGUGGCAGAGGAGGCGCUAGUGGUCCGUGACUUCACAGGCGAGUGGAACAGAGUCGUUGAUCGAGGGGGUGUAGAGCAGGCCAGGCAGGAAAGGUUUGUGGCCGAUACCGGCGCAACCAACCACAUGUUCCCGAGCGCUAACGCGUUCGAAAACUACCAUGAGUGCGAUCGACGUUUGAGUGUCGCCGCAGGGAAGCAAGCCUUCGCCAUAGUAGGCUACGGCGACGUGAGGGUGACCAUCGGUUCUCGCGUUGGGACCACAGACCUGCUGUUGAAACGGGUCGCUCAUGUGCCGGAGCUGAAUUACAACCUCGUGUCCCUCACAGCCCUUUUGAAGCAAACCAAGGGCCGCUUAGCCACAGACGAGCGUGAGUUGGAGGUGUUCGUUGGUGGGGGGGGGUCGGUGUACUUCCCUCUAUGGGGG